CUUCUGAAUCCUCAUCUCCAUCGCAUCACAACUCCAACUUCUUUUUUUUCUCACCACUACUCCUCCUUUCAACUCUAAUAUCUCCACAAUGGUCAACAUCUGCUGCAUUGGUGCCGGUUAUGUCGGUGGUCCUUCCUGUGCUGUUAUUGCCUAUCAGUGCCAUGACGUCAAGGUCACCAUCGUGGACUUGAACCAGGCCCGUAUUGACGCCUGGAACUCGGACGAGCUUCCUAUUUACGAACCCGGUCUUGAUGAGAUCGUCUUUGCUCGUCGUGGCAAGAACUUGUUCUUCACAACCGAUGUUGAUCAAGCCAUCAUUGAUGCCGAUCUCAUCUUUGUCUCCGUUAAUACUCCUACUAAGAAGACUGGUAUGGGUGCUGGUAUGGCAGCCGACCUUGCAUAUAUUGAGAGAGCGACCCGUCGUAUCGCCGAGGUUGCCACCUCUUCCAAGGUCGUCAUUGAAAAGUCGACGGUCCCUUGCCGUACUGCCCAGAGUAUGCGUACUAUUCUUGAGGCCAACUCCAACAAGAACAUUCGUUUCGACAUCCUGUCCAACCCCGAGUUUUUGGCCGAAGGUACUGCUAUCAACGAUUUGACCAAUCCCGACCGUGUCUUGAUCGGAUGCCUCCAAACCCCAGAGGGCUUUGCAGCUCAGCAAAAGUUGGUCGAUAUUUACACUCGCUGGAUCCCCAAGGAGAAGGUCAUUACCAUGAACUUGUGGUCAUCCGAACUGUCAAAGUUGGCUGCCAAUGCCCUCCUCGCCCAGCGUAUCUCCUCUAUCAACGCCCUCUCGGCCAUUUGUGAGGCCACUGGCGCUGAUGUUGAUGAGGUUGCCUAUGCCUGUGGUACUGACUCGCGUAUCGGACCCAAGUUCUUGAAGGCUUCGGUCGGAUUUGGAGGAUCAUGCUUCCAGAAGGAUAUCCUCAACUUGGUCUACUUGAGUGAACAACUUCACUUGCCCGAGGUCGCUGCCUACUGGAAGUCUGUUGUGACCAUGAAUGAAUAUCAAAAGAUGCGUUUCACCCAUCGUAUCGUUCGUACCCUCUUCAACACGGUCACACACAAGCGCAUUGCCCUUCUCGGAUUCGCCUUCAAGAAGGACACUGGUGAUACGCGUGAGUCUGCGGCGAUUACUCUCUGCAGCUAUCUUAUUCAGGAGCGCGCCAAUGUUGCUAUUUACGACCCCAAGGUCAGUGCUGCGCAGAUCAAGAUGGACCUUACUGAGCCCGGUGUCGGGACCAACGAGGCGACGGUUGAGAAACAUAUCCAGGUGUGCAAGACUGCAUAUGAGGCUUGCGCCGAUGCUGCUGCCAUUGUCAUCUGCACUGAAUGGGAUGAGUUCAAGAUGCAUCAGCUCGAUUACCAGAAGGUCUUUGAUUCUAUGCAGAAGCCCGCCUUCAUUUUCGAUGGUCGUUUGAUCUUGGAUGCUCCCAAGCUCAGAGAGAUUGGUUUCCGUGUCGAGACCAUUGGCAAGAGCAUCUAAAAAAGAAUGGAUUGAUUUAACUAUUUCUUUUUUUUAUUGUUAUUAUUAUUGUUGUUGCAUUUAAUCUGUUAGUGCAUUCGUGUUUUUCUU